AUGGACCCGCCGCCAUCCACCAUCCUGCCUCCUAAGCAGUCGGAUGCCUUCCCUAUCGGUGACAGCAGCAACCCCCCAUCUCAACCCUUGACCUCACCUGGCCUCACGCCACCCUAUACAUCCCCACCGUCCAACACAAAUUCCCAACCUACGAACCCUCAUCAAGGCGGCAACCCUCAUUCCGACCACACCCAUGCUCCAACUCAUCCACCAACCGUUUCUCCUCAUCUCGCUGGCGGUUCGUUUGGUGGUUUACCCACAGAUGCUGGCCAAGAUCCGAAGAUGCAGACACCAGUGGUGAACCAAUCGGUGGUAUAUGGGGAUAAUAUCCCAGUUAUGCGUGUUGAUCUAUGGGAUGAUUUUGUAGCUAGGCAUGGAGGUUUUGCACACUUGCCAUGGGUAGUCAUGGGAGACUUCAAUUCGGUUCUCUCUCCUUCAGAAGUGGCAGGUGGUUCUUCUUCUUGGCCUGCAUGGCAAGAUGAUCUUGGGAAUUGCAUAACGAUAGUGGGGUUGGCCAAUUUGAAGUUUGAUGACUGUUUAUAUACAUGGUCUAAUAAGCAUGUAUCUGAUCUUACUCUCAAGAAACUAGAUCGUGUGUUGGUGAAUUCGAAGGGGGAGGAGGAAUUUUCGGGAUCGUCAGCUACAUUUCUUACUGCUGGUGUGUCGGAUCAUUCACCUAUGGUUGUGAGGAUUGCAGAGUUACUCGUUUGGGGUGAAAGAGUAGCGAGAACCCCUAUGUUUUGUUUUUGUUCGAAGUUGAACAAGCUAAAGCUUGCUUUGAAAGAUUUUAAUAAGGAACAUUUUUUAGAACUUCCUACGAGAGUUACUCAAGCUCGGACUGAUAUAGAGCAUGUUCAGUAUUUGAUUCAGCAAUCGCCUUUGGAUUCGUCUCUACAUAGGGAGGAGUCUCGUUUACAAAAGGAACUUUGUGAGUUGAGCAGGGCUGAAGAAGGCAUUUUGAGACAAAAAGCUCGUGUUAAGUGGCUAAAUUUAGGCAACCAGAACACUGUUUUCUUCUUCAAGGCUAUGAAAAGUCACUAUAGCAAGAGUAAAGUGGUUUCCAUUUGUAAAGAUGAUGGUACUAGAGUGGAGGAGCCGCAUGAGGUUAGUGAAGUCAUUGUUGCGUUCUAUCAAAAUCUCCUUGGUCAGCAGCCUAGUGGUGAGAGUCUAGAUACGGACUUGCUUCGAAAAGCUCUUCCUAAGAGUAUCUCAGUAGUGCAUAAUGAAAAUCUUAAUAGAGAUGUGACAUUUAAGGAAAUUAAAGAGGUAUUGUUCUCGUUGAAAGACAACAAGGCUCCAGGGCCAGAUGCUUUUAAUGCAGGUUUCUUCAAGAGGGCUUAG